CCCCAUCCCCUUUCUCUCUCUACCUAUACGUACAUAUCGCUGUAUAUAUACACGCUAGCGCCCUGAAAUUCCUUCCCAGCCGUUGUUGGAGUUCGAGAGACAAAGCGGCGAGAGUGAUCCACAUCGGGAGAGAUUCCCCUGUUUCCGCAACCGCUCCAAGUUCUUCCUUCCUUCCCCGUCUCUCCUUUGGAUCUGUGAUAACUCUCUGCUUUCUAAAUCGAUUAUCGGUGACUGAAGCAUGUGCAGUGGACCAGAACAAUCCAAUUCUAGUUCCAGUUUGGAUGACAUGAACAAACGUGGCUUACAGUCUGAUGAUCACUCUUCGAGUCUACUUGAGCUUGCUGCUAACAACGACUUGGGUUCUUUCAGACAGUGUAUUGAGUCUGAUUCUUUUGCAGUUGACCUUGUUGGACUGUGGUUAGUCCGCAAGAAGGGGGCGAAACAGGUUGUUCGUGAAGAAAGGACUCCAUUAAUGGUUGCUGCCACUUAUGGAAGCAUUGAUGUCUUGAAGCUGAUCCUCACUCGGCCCGAAGUGGACGUGAACCGAACUUGUGGGCCCGACAAGUGCACCGCCCUUCACUGUGCCUCGUCGGGUGGUUCUGUUAGCGCGGCCGAGGUUGUUAGAUUGCUUAUAUCAGCUGGGGCUGACCCAAACAUUGCUGAUGUUAACGGUCUGCGGGCGGCUGAUGUCAUAUCUGUCCCUCCGAAGCUUCCGGGAGGUAGAGCAUCUAUCGAGGAACUGUUGUCGAUUAAUAUAUCUGAGGGUUCGGUUGGUGGGAGUGAUUCGGGCGUGUCAAAUGCGUCCUCCCCGGUCCUAUCUUCAUCCCCCGAGACAGGGUCUCCAUGUUACAUGAGGGAAUCGAAGAAGGAAUACCCCAUUGACCCGUCUCUACCUGACAUCAAGAAUGGGAUAUACUCCAGUGAUGAGUUCCGGAUGUUUUCCUUCAAGGUCAGACCAUGUUCUCGGGCAUAUUCCCAUGAUUGGACGGAGUGUCCAUUUGUUCACCCGGGAGAGAAUGCGCGUAGAAGAGAUCCUAGGAAAUACCAUUACAGUUGCGUGCCAUGUCCUGAAUUUCGUAAGGGUGCGUGUAGGCGUGGGGAUAUGUGUGAAUAUGCUCACGGGGUGUUUGAGUGUUGGCUACACCCAGCCCAGUACCGGACCCGCUUAUGCAAGGAUGGUACCGGGUGUGCCAGACGAGUGUGCUUCUUUGCACACACUCCGGAGGAGCUUCGGCCACUCUAUGUCUCUACGGGAUCUGCUGUCCCAUCCCCUAGGACUGUUGCUGCCACUGCUAGUAUUAUGGACAUGGCUGCUGCCUUGAGUCUUCUGCCUGGGUCCCCCACAGCUGGUUCAAUCCCACAUUCGCCUCCCGUCAGCUGGUCCCCACACCAACCAAACGUUCCCACACUUCAUCUCCCCGGAAGCAACCUUCAGUUAAGCCGGCUAAGGUCCUCUUUCAAUGCGCGAGAGAAUUUCGAUUCCAACCUUGGCUGUUUUUCACCUUCACUGACUCGCCCUAAAACUCUACUAACCCCGUCGAAUCUCGAUGAUCUUUUUUCUGCUGAGCUCAACUCCCCAUCACAUAAAGCUGCCGUGUUUAAUCAGUUCCAACAGCAGCAAAGAAUGCUUUCCCCAAUCAACACCACUACCACCUCGGUAUUCUCUCCUAAAAACUCCGACCACCACUCUCUUUUGCAGUCUCCGUUUGCGGUCUCAUCCCCGGGAAGAAUGUCCCCCAGAAGCGGCAUGGACCCGUUAUCCCCAAUGAGCGGGCGGCGUGGGUCCCACACGGGCAAGUCUUGGUCAAACCUGGGGUCUUCUCUCGACACAAACAUUGACUGGUCAGUCAACGGUGAUCAUAAGCUGUGGCAUGCCGGAAGCUCUGAAGAUAAUGGGAAGUCAGGGCCUGAUUUGUCAUGGGUGCAAUCUCUCGUCAAGGAACCACCCCAUGAGAUGAACGCCAAGCCAUUGUUGCAGGCCCUUGGCGGUGCUCCUCCACCCGGCGAGGGUUUGAAAUCCGCCGGUUCUCAAAUUGAUCCCAUCGAUUAUUCUGUCUUGGGAGCUUGGCUCGAGCAGAUGCAACUCGAUCAACAGCUCGUAGCCUGAGAAAACACCAUUCGUUUAUUAUUGUUGUUAUAAUAUUACAAUUACUAUGUUUUUGCAUUUUGACAAAAAACUAAUUAGGGGAAGCGAAGUAGACAUAUAGUGGCGGCGCUAUUCUUUUGCAGCUAGUUUUUUUUUUGCUGUGGCGGGAAGGAAGCAAAAGAGCGAAGCUAUAAAUGGCGAAACCGACGCAAAAGGUAUCAUGAAGUUCUUAGUUCUUACUACUACUAGUACUACUACUAAAUUGAUAGAUUUCAAUCUUUUAUUUCAUUAAAAUCAAAUGUCAAGAAAUUGUCAUCUGGACUGUAUUCAAGAAAUCAUGUCCAGAUCGCACAGUUUGUGUAAUCUGUCAUUUCUGUAAUACUACACAAAUUCCAUUCCCCUUCUUACAUGGUACACAUCUCCUCUAGGUGUAGUGUAAUAACUGAAAAGCUUCUGUAUUUUGAUGAUGUUAUUUUUCACUAAAUUCCCUCGUAAUUACUUUUGUACUUGGGGUA